GGUAACGCGCCCUUCCUCAGUUAAGUGGCGCCGUUAGGCUUCCGGCGCUCUAGGAAAGGACUCGCCGUUCUCCGCCCGCUUCCGGCUCCGUCAUGGCGGCGCCCUAACUUGGAGUCACGGCAGGAUGGACUUCUUGAGCCUCUUCCUCCUUUAUGUGUUUCUGGUUCUGCUGACCAUUCUCCUUGUUUGUUUCUAUUCUGGAAGGAAGCAAAGCAUCCCCUCGAGGCUUAUCACCUGCGUAACUCAGGUGCUGUUGUGCAUAGUCCCAUCCCAAGUCCAAGGAGCUGCUCAUUGGGUGCUUCAUGGACUCUUCCAUAAACGAAACUGUACUUUUGUGGUCCUGCACUUGCUCUUGGAAGCUUUAGUUUAUGGGGAGUAUUCCUGGGAAGUGUUUGGCUAUUGUCAGGAGCUAGAGUUCAGCAGUCACUUCCUCCUCCUCCCUUACCUACUCUUGGCUGUGAACAUAGGUUUCUUCAUUCUGUGCUCCAAGACUAACCCAGGUACCAUAACUAAAUCCAACCAGGUGCUGUUUCUCCAUGCUUAUGCCUAUGACGGUGUGAUGUUUGAGAAAGGGGUUGAGUGCUCCACUUGCAAAGUGAGGAAACCUGCCCGAUCCAAGCACUGUGGUGUGUGCAACAGCUGCGUGCAUCGUUUUGAUCAUCACUGUGUUUGGGUCAACAAUUGCAUUGGUGCCUUCAACAUCAGAUACUUCCUGCUCUAUCUCCUUACCUUGACCUCCAUGGCUGUUUCCAUCGCAGUCUUAACAGCCACUUUCCUCAUCCAGGUGGUCCUUCUGUCAAAUAUGAUGCAGGGGUAUUACACAGAUGACCAAGGCCAGGAGCACCCGAUUGAUGCCUUCUUCCUUAUUCAGCACCUUUUCCUGACCUUCCCCAGGAUUGUGUUCAUGCUGGGCUUUGUUGUUGUCCUUUCAAUUGUACUGGGCUCCUAUUUUUGUUUUACUCUGUAUCUGAUCCUGACCAACCAGACAAGCAACGAGUGGUUCAAGUCAGCAAGAUAUAAAUGUACAUCCUCAGAGGACGACACCAGGCAGAGGGGUUACAAAAAUAUUUAUUCUAGAGGCAUCCGGGGUAACAUCACAGAAAUUCUUAUGCCAAUUAUGAGCCCUGAAAAAAAGCGAAGGUGACUUGCCAUUGACAGCAGUGGACUGUACAAAUCUUAAAUUUUUAAUCUCGGCACAAAAGUCCUACGCAAAAUAAAUCUAGUGCAGGUGUAGUCAAUGUGGUGCCCAUGGGCAUCCAGUGUGCCUGCCACUACCUACCUCUUAUGGCCACAGGCUCUUAUGGGGCCUGUGAAAGGUCUUAGUUCCCAUCACAAUGCUCAGAGACGCUGUUUGCUCUUUCUGCGCACUUUCUGUUUCCACUGUCUCAGCCUGUCCUUCAGUGGCUGGCAGAACUGGAUAUAGUGGUACUCCCACCCAUGCUCAUGGAAGUGGAAGCCAUCUCCAAAUGUGCCUACUGGCCCCAAAAGGUUAAUGACUCCUGACCUCAACUGUUGAGUCAGCCUUGCAAGCAAGCCCCAACUUACCAGUACAACUGAGGCAGUGGCGCAAAA